AACGAUUUGUGAGGUAUGAGAAAUGCAACCCUAGCCGAAGCUUAUAAAACCCUGAGGAUCCCAUUUGAGGCUCCCACAAACAAGAGCCGCCGCAAGAUGCAGAUUUUCGUGAAGACCCUAACGGGGAAGACCAUCACUCUCGAGGUCGAGAGCAGCGACACCAUCGACAAUGUCAAGGCCAAGAUCCAAGACAAGGAAGGCAUCCCCCCGGACCAGCAGCGUUUGAUUUUCGCCGGAAAGCAGCUCGAAGACGGCCGCACCUUGGCCGACUACAACAUCCAGAAAGAGUCGACUCUUCAUCUGGUGCUGAGGCUCCGUGGAGGUAUCAUCGAGCCUUCUUUGAUGGCCUUGGCUCGCAAGUACAAUCAGGAGAAGAUGAUUUGCAGAAAAUGUUAUGCUCGUCUGCACCCAAGGGCUGUCAACUGUAGGAAGAAGAAGUGUGGCCACAGCAAUCAGUUGAGGCCAAAGAAGAAGAUCAAGUAAACUGCUUGAAGUUCUAGGCUUGAGUUUGAAGUUUAUAUUUUGGUUCUACCUUUUUUGAUAAAUCAGAAUUUGCUUUGUCCAAUAGUGGAAUCAUUGUAGUUUAUAUUAACCCUACUGGAUUUGGGAUGAAUUUCAUGUUUGAUAAUAUUCUACCAUCAUUUUAUAAUAACCAGAAACACUUGACAAA